GAAUCUGGAUUUGGUAGAAGUGGUGGAGACAUGGCAUCGCAUUACUCCCAUGGAGUUUCUGGGAAGAGACUAUCACCAGCUGUGGAGGACAUAAUCCGAAGAAGGAAAUUCCAAGGAGGUUUUGAAGGACGGUACCCACUGUCCACUUCCUGGAAGAAGUCAAGUUCCCCUUUGUUUUCUUCCAAGUAUGACAGCAAAUGGCAGCUUUCACACACUUAUCCCAUGUCAUAUGUGGAAUGGAAAGCUCUAUAUUGGAGGCCUCCAAGAGAUCAUUUCACAUGGAGAGAUCGCCAGUAUCAGACAAAUCAAUAUGGUUAUGAGUCAGACUUCAAAAGAUCACCAUGGCCACCAAGACCUGUCUCUUCAAAGCUGAUCUAUGGUUCACGUCCACUGUCUCCCCCAGUAACCUUUCCACCUGCUAAGGUUCCCAGGGCAGUUCCAGGGGGGUUUGUGUCCAAGAUUGCCUUACCUUCCUAUCAAGACAAUAGUGACAGUGGUUAUUCAGACUGGCAGCGAGGUGGCAGCCAAUGGGAAAACACAGUCAGAAGUCAACACAGUUUAAUGGGAUGUGCUGGAGAGUUCCAAUACUAUUAAUCAGAGACAAUACUGAUUUUACAAACUCUACACAUUGGAGGACUAAACAGCGUUAAAUGUUAUUGACUGAGUGGCAGGGCCAGACAGUGUUAUCGACUUAGUAGGAGGGCAACAACAUGUGCACUCAUCAAGUACCGUGGACAGGUCUAUAAAGAGAGUCGUACAGGGAGGGUCUCUUGCACAGUUCACGAACUGAAAAAAUAGUGAAUCAUAGAUCGCAGAUAUCAAAAUUUCAUUUUCCCAAAUCACGAAAAUAAGCAAGUAAAUUUGUACUCUUUUUAAUGACCUGCU